CGCCCCUUCCCCUUUCUUAUACGACGAAUAUUGCGGCCGUUGGAUGCGACGUACGGGAGCAUUUUCCUGAUCUAGCCAUGAACGGAAAGGUCGCUGGCUGAUACCUGGCAUUUGGUGCCCUCUAUCAGGCCUCCAUCGCUGAUUGUGUCGUAGCUGAGUCAAACCACCAUGGUUGUUGGACGCAUUAAAGAGAAGAGCGGUCGCCUCAAUCAUGUCUACAUCAUCGUGCUCAAUUCAGCAGCUCUUGUUGGCAACCUUACAAUAUUCGGCUCGUCCUAUUUGAACAACAGUUGAUCCCAAAGACCUUCCCGCGUAUCUGAUACAGUCCUCUAAUGAUCUACUAUUACGACCACACCAUUACAUCCUCGCAACUACCUCCACAAAUCGAGCGGCGAUCCCAUCAUGGCAAACUGGAAAGUUGCCCCUUCGAAUUCAGAGGAGAGCAAAAUUGAGUACACCCCGUUCCUAGAAUGCCGCAAAUACUUUGCAGUCGACGAUUCUGGAUCGACAGCAGGCGCUGUGCUCCGUCAAGAGCGUGCUUUUGUCGAUGCGUUCCAGGAAAGCCAUGCCAAUGUGGCUGACGUGAUGUCUCUAUGGGGCUCGAAAUGCGAUAACCCUACAACUCGGUUCAAUGUUGUAGACUGGCGUUCGAGUCAUGGUGGCACCUAUCCUAGCGAUAUCCUCAAGAACUCCGCAGCUUUGAGUACCAUCAGGAAAGCGGACGCAUGGUUUUUGCUCACAGAUGGAGAGAUUUAUGACGGCGAUGUCCACCGACUCGCCGACCUAGCUUACGACGCUGAAAUUCUCAACGUGCCACUCGUGUUUCCCAUCACCGGUUCACGCGGCAGCUCACCCGGAACAGCCAACAUCAGUGUCGGCAUUUCCUUCUUCGCCAGCUCUCACGACACCUUGAUCCUCUUCAAGGACGUACAGACAGGCAAGAUAUACGUCAUCGCCGGGAAGGGAUGUUUCACAGAGUUGGGUGGAUCUGCAGCGGCACAGGACCUGACCAGUUGGAAUGACUUGCUAGUUUUUGCAAGUGAAGUCGCAUUCUUCUCGCAUUGUCAAAAGAGCCACAUCAAGGUUGCCAAGUCAUAUUCGCGAGCAAAAAGCACAGGAGGGAUCAGCCUUGUACAGAAAGUCGAGCAAGUGGCACCGAAACUCGAAGACCGAAAUGGCGCGGCAGCUGUCAUUGCUAGAAUGGCAGAUACGACAAACAGUGAUGAAGACCGUAAGAACCUCCAGGAACAGCUACGGGAAGCUCAUGCUGGGAAUCGCCGAGACUACCAGAAGAUGAUCGCCGAUUUUUCAGGGUCAGCGGCCGAGCAGACCUUGAGUAAACGUAAUCAGCUUGUGGAUGCAGCUCUCAGGUCACUCGCAUCUAUUGAGGCUGCCAGCUACAACGCAGAUAUUAUCGGUCGCAGGAGCAACAGGGCUCGGCGCGCUGAAGUCAUCGACUCCACUUCCACGAUUGACACAGCCAAGCUAGAUCUGGAAGUACCCUCGUGCAAAGGCUACUGUCUUGUCUGCUGUGGCGAUCAGGAGAUCAUGUCUAUAUGCUUCAAAGAGGCCAAUCCUGAAAACAAAGAGGAUAACACAAGCGACUUUGCACUCAACUUUCCACUAGCUGCCGGAGCUUCUGAGAAGAACAUCGAUCUGGUCUCGAGUCAGAACGUAUGCUUCCAAUGCGCACUACUUGGACCUAACGGCACGUCUAUCUACAAGGAACGGUUGACAGCCAUCAUUCCCACUGUGCAGUACGACGGAAGCAACAAGAAGUACAUCAACGAUCAGCUCUAUUCGGCCUUGACUGCACGAUUAGCCACUAGUGCUGCAGGAAUCGCACAACUGUUCAUGUCUAUACUCCAGAACGUCAUGCAGACGAAGUCAUGGGCAGGAGCCGGAGUGAAUGCUUCGCAAACAUCUGUUGAUGAGCAGCAUGAAGCUACCCAGCGCCGUAAGUCGUUCCAGUGGAUGCUAAAUCAGCUCGUCCAGAACACCUACACUCGCGAGACCUUCAAUGAGACCGGAGAAUGGGUCAAGUUCCAGCAAGCACUGUCGUGGGUCACGAGGGACUUCAAGAACCAUGGACUCGCAAGCUUUGCCGUCACCUAUCCCGUAGCAGGCUUCAACAGCCUACUAGCCCUUGGCCAGCAUACAGGUGCAUUCUCGAAUGACACUGUUAGUCGGUUGCAGUCCGCGAGAAUGCUGCACUCGAUUGUUGCGAAGUAUCUUGCUGACCUCCAGGUCUAUCUUCAGCGGGGAUCAGGCAACACGGGAACUAAUCGUGAGCGCUGGAAGCAGAAGUACCUGGAGACCAUCUACCGCGACUUCAACGGUCCGUUGGUGCCCGUGGAUCGUGGCGACGCUUCCGUGGUUGAUGAUGUCGAAAGCUUCAAGCAGCGCCUGUCCGUAUGCGUGGCAAAAGCACCCAGUAUAAAUGACAAGGCUGUCAUGCACAGGAUUCAGAUCCUGCUCUUCUGGCUUCUCUUCACCCAACGCGGCCACUGCACAGCCCAAACCUUCUUCACCCGCAUCAGCCACGACGAGCACCUCGCCCCAGCAGUCCUGGACCUAAACCUCUCCGUUCCUCCCUCCGAGCAUCAGAACAUCCUCCGAUCCAUCUUUGCCAAGCACGACGCAGCCCUCAUCAACCCCGUCCAGGCAGCGUCGCACAACACACUCAUCCCCUUCGCCAACCCCUUCGGCGCUUCUGUCCUCCGGUGCGGCGUCCCCAGCUGCGCGCAGCCCUUCUGCGACAUCAUAGCUCUGCGCCCUCAGGUGAUUGUUCCCGAAAUCGUUGAAGCGAUCCGACGAGCUCGCACAAAGCAUCUCAUAGACGUCUUUGGCAUCCUUGGACGCUUCGAGCGCUGCGACACAGGACUGCCUGAGCGUACAGCGGCAGGUCGACCACCCACAUCUAUCCACACGAACAUGCACAUCAGCAUUGUUCGGGAGUGGGUUGAGCGGACGCAAGAUGCACGAAGGGCCAUUGUGAAGGGAGGAGAAGCGCGUACGGAGUUCGUUAAGGAUGUGCGCAAGCGGCUUUGUGUGGAGGGCCGAGGCAACAUUUUCAAUGCGCAGAUUGCGAGGAAUAUUGAGGAGCUGUUACCGAGUUUCUUCGAGGCACUUACGGCGGCAUUGAGGGGGGAGGGGAAGAGUGGUGAGGAUGUUGCGUGUUAUCAGCACAAUUUUGAGGGAAAUAGGUUGCAGGGCAAGAUCAUCUGGGAGUUGAUCAAGGAGCUGGAUCACGGGAAAUUGCCUUGA